AAUAAAAUUAAUUGUAAUCAUGCAAUUAUCACUAAAUCACAACAAAAUAUUGAAAAUAUGCUAACUAAAUUCUGGGAGACCGAAGAGGUUCCUAACAAAAAUAUUUUAAAUCAAAAUGAGCAGGAAUGUGAAGAUCAUUUCCUAACUAACACUAUACGACUAGAAAGCGGUAGAUUUUGCGUUAAAUUGCCGUUAACUGAAUCACCUGAAUGUCUUGGGGAUUCCUACAACUUAGCUAAAAGAAGAUUUUUAAAUUUGGAACGAAAAUUCAAGCGAAAUCCGACCUUGAAAUCCGAAUACACUACAUUCAUAAAUGAAUAUGCAGAGCUAGGCCAUCUGUCUGAGUCUAGCUUGCUCAAACCAAAUCCUAACUAUUUUUUGUGCCAUCAUGCUGUUUUUAAAAAUAGUGAAUCUACAUCUCUUCGCGUCGUGUACGACGCGUCAGCUGCUUCCUCCUCUGGCAAAUCACUCAAUGACAUUCUUUUGGUGGGGCCUAAUGUCCAGGACUCUCUCUUCUCCAUUCUAGUUAGAGCGCGACAAUACCGGUACAUUCUCUCUGGUGAUAUCGAGAAAAUGUACCGCCAGGUUCAAGUUCACGACGAUGACCGAAAUUUGCAAUUGAUAGUAUGGAGAGAAGAUGAGUCCAGCCCCCUUAAAACGCUGCGAUUGAAUACUCUCACUUACGGUACCGGAAGUGCGAGCUAUUUGAGCACGCGAUGUUUAUUUCAAGUCGGAGAGGAGCAGAGUGAUCAGCUCACCAAAACUAUAAUACAAAGAGAUUUCUAUGUUGAUGACCUGAUCACUGGAGCUAAUACUGAACACGAACUAAAAUAUAUACAAAAAUCUGUUUCUGAGGCACUAAAGACAGGAUGUUUUAAUUUAAGAAAAUACAAAAGUAACUUAUCGUCUUUGUUUGAAGAUUCUAACAUAAAUACACAAGAAAAUUUAAUCAUUAGUGAAUCAGCUAGCACUCUCGGGUUAGGAUGGAGCCCAGUUAAUGAUAAGUUAAGCUUUCCUGUGAAAGAUCCUAUUCCGAGUGAUGUCAUAACUAAAAGAUACAUUAUGUCAAACUCAUUUAAAAUUUUUGACCCACUAGGUUGUUUAAGUCUAUGCAUAAUUAAACCAAAAAUGCUUCUACAAAAAUUAUGGGAGCUCAAAAUAGAUUGGGACUUACCUGUUCCUGAUUUCAUUAAAAAGGAGUGGGAGAAAUUUGUCGAAAACUUACCAUUCAUACAAAAUCUCAAAAUAGAUAGGCGAGUUUUAUGUGAUUCACCAAAAUUGAUUGAAAUGCACGUUUUCAGUGACGCAUCACAGUCAGCCCUUGGUGCCUGUAUUUAUAUGAAGUCUGUGUCUGAAAACGGUGACGUCACUGUACGGCUGCUAUGCUCUAAAUCGAAAGUCGCCCAACUGUCGCCUACGACCAUGCCGAGGCAGGAGCUUGGUGCUGCGCUGCUGGCUGCCAGGCUCAGCAGGGCAGUCCUAGACUCUCUAAGAUAUAAACCGGAUCGUGUCGUGCAUUGGUGCGACUCAAGUAUCGUGUUGUGCUGGUUGCUCAAUAAAUCUGCUAAACUAAAGGUAUUUGUAGCUAAUCGCAUAAAUGAAAUUUUAGAAAAGACUAAAGAAUCAACGUGGAGGUAUGUGCCUACCUCUGCAAAUCCAGCUGACUUAAUUUCGCGGGGAGUGGAUGCCUGCCAGCUUCCAAAGCUGGAUCUGUGGUGGUUUGGCCCCACAUUUUUAACUGAAGAUGAAUCCAAAUGGCCAAUUUUAAGUAAUCUUAAAAUUGAUGACUUGCCCGAAACUAAAUGUUAUGUUGUAAAUUUAGAAACUCCCAUCGUAGACUUCGAAAAAUAUUCUACACUAAAUAAAUUGCAAAGAACGUUUGCAUAUGUCAAAAGAAUGAUAUUUAAUCUAAAAAAUCCUAAAAAUAAGCGAGUAGGUGUUUUAACUGUUGACGAGUUGAAAGAAUCGUUUAACUUUCUCUGUUUAGUCGCUCAAAAACAAUCAUUCCAAGAUGAGAACGAGAUGCUUACUAAGUCUAAACCGUUGAGCUCUAAAUCUAAAAUACUAAAGCUUUCACCUUUUCUAGAUAACGAUAAGGUGAUUAGGGUUGGCGGUCGAAUCGAUGCAUCUGAUUAUCCGUAUGAAAAGAAGCACCAAAUUUUGCUUCACGCGUCUCAUCGAUUAUCGAAACUUAUAUUUGCUAAUGUGCACAUAAAAAAUAUGCACGCGCCUCCUCAAUUAUUGCUGUCCCUUGUUAAGGAAACUAUAUGGCCAAUAAAUGGAAGACGCCUUGCUCAGCGCACUGUAAACAAUUGCAUGCGAUGCAGGCGUGCUCGCGGUCAGACUCUGACCCCAAAAAUGGGUAAUCUCCCAGCUCAGAGAAUAAAUGCGGACUUUCCGUUUAUAUCAGUAGGUUUAGAUUUUGCGGGACCUUUUUACAUUUUAAGUAGAAAGGGUAGAGGUGCUAAAUUAAUAAAAUGCUAUUUAUGUCUGUUUGUGUGUUUACGCUAUAAAUGUUUACACUUAGAAGCGGUUAGUGAUCUAACAAAAAAUGCUUUCAUAAUGACUCUUAGGAGGUUCAUUGCGCGAAGAGGCAAGCCUGCGGAAAUAUUCUGUGACAAUGGUCGAAACUUCGUCUCCGCGGCUAAAGAAAUAGGUCAAUUUAUAAAAGCUAAUCAGGAACCUUUGUCUGAUUUUGCACAUCAAGAAUACAUAAAGUUUAUAUUCACUCCAACUUACGCACCUCACUUCGGCGGUAUCUGGGAGGCCGGAGUAAAAUCCGCAAAGCACCAUAUAAAACGUGUAAUAGGCAAUAGUCAUUUGAUAUUUGAGGAGAUAGGAACUUUAUUUGCGCAAGCGGAAGCUAUUCUUAACAGUCGUCCCUUGUGCCCCAUGUCUACGUCCCCUGACGACCUCCUUUCCCUCUCUCCAGGGCACUUCUUAAUCGGAAGACCACUGACUGCACUGCCGUCGCCUGCACUGGAGAACCGCCAGGAGAUGUCUCUUCAACGUUAUGCUAGAAUAGAAAAGAUACGCCAGCAUUUUUGGAAUAGAUGGCAGCGAGAAUAUAUAUGCGAAUUACAAGAGAGAACCAAAUGGAGAACAAACACUGCCAAACUCAAUGUGGGUGACUUGGUUCUGCUCCAUGAAGAAUACGUGCCGCCGCUAUGCUGGCGCCUUGGAAGAGUUACGCGCUUGUUUCCGGGAGCCGAUGGUGUUGCCAGGGUUGCAGACGUAACCACAACAAAAGGAUGCGUACGACGACCACUCGUUCGCCUCUGCCCUCUACCAUCACCGGAGGACUUGAAGUUUUGAAAGGCUGUUCCUUUCAACGAGGCGGGAAGAUGUUCAGAUCCCUGAAGCUGGACUACGAUUGAAGAUUCGUUGCCUUCAACUUUCGAUAGGCGCUUACAGCGCCGCCAUUAAUAAUUUUAUAUACCUACCCACCCCUUGCAUCAUUUCAUGUCUACCAUGUAAGACGUUCAUCGUCAAUUAAAUAGUUUAAAAAUAUAAUUUUGGGUUUUAAUAAGUAUAUUAAGGCCCCGUAAUGUA